AUGAAAGCUCAACUCCAUGAUAUUGUAAUGCCAGAAGUGGAAGAGCCAAAAACAAAGCGCGCGAAAUUCUCGCGAAAGACGAAAAAGGGAUGGAAGAAGAUCGACAUCAGUCAGGAAGAAGCUGCUCUCGAGCAAAAACGGUUUGAAGAGAUCCAUUUUGGCGGAGAUCUUUCGAAAACAAAGGAUGAAGACCUUUUUGUCAUCGACAGAAAACCCGUUAAAAAGAAGAAAGAACUCGACAGAACUUGUUAUCAUGACAAAAUCCUGGCGAACAAGUCGAAAGUGGCCGCUGCUGUUCCGGUAGAAAAUCGUCCUGAAUCGAGAAAGUCCAUUCUCCACAAUGACAACAUGCUCAAACGAAAAGCAAAAAUUGUCGAUGUUGCUAGAACUGAUCUUUCGAAGAAACUGACGGCUGAGCAGAUUCUGGAAAAGAACAAAGGGUUGAACAACAACUAUGAUCUCUGGUCUGCCAAUACUCUCACGGAAAAACAAAAAUUCAUUCCAGCAAAGCAUGCAAAGCAUUUGAGAGGACUUGAGGGCGUCAAAGCACCUAAACACAUGAAAUUCAAGCCGAAAAUGAUGGAAAAGGUUGAAAAAGUCUCUGUAGCGCACGCAGGAGCAAGUUACAACCCGGACUAUGAUGAUCAUCAAGCCUUAUUGCUCCAAGAGCAUAACAAGGAAUUUAAAAAAGUCAAGAGCGAAGAUAGCUACAAGGAAAAAGCUAAACCGAAGAACGUCGCUACGGAGGAAGAAAUGGCGAGAGAAUCAAUGCGUGGCUUAGGAAUCCUGCCAGAUGAAGACGAUGAUGAUCAGUACGAAACUGAAGAGGAAAGCACAGAGCCGGGAUUUGUCAAGAAACCGGUCAGAGCUGAAGAUAGAAAGGACAAGAAACAGAGGCGGAAAGAAAAACGAGUUUUGGCAGCUCAGCGAGCGGUUCGAAGAAAGAAACAAAUGGCAAUUUUGCUCAACCAGUUUUACUCAAUCAAAAAGAUCAAGAAAGGCCUCCGAGAGCACGAAAAAGAGCUAGAGAAGCAGAAAGAGUUUAGAAAAGAAAAACAGGAGAAGCGCGUCCCUCGAAUCGGCGUUCUCAAGGCGGAUAUGAAUCCUGAUCAAGAUGUUAAACUUUCGGAAGAACUUGUUGGAACGCUUCGCCAGCUAGUUCCAGAGGGAAAUGUUUUGACCGACAGAUUGAAGUCUUUUGAAGCAAGAACGAUGCUUGAGCCGCGCAAAAAGCAGAAGCGACAUAAACAGGCCUUCAAGACCAAGUGGCAGCAGAAGAGGACUUUCAGAGAGUGGGACGAACAGUUUGAGAAGGAAUUGAAGAAGGAAGAAAAGAUGGAGAGCUAA